CAAAUGGCAAAGUUGUGAACUACACAACGAUAUUUGACAAUUUCACCUGCUUUGGCGAAAUCAAACAGGUGGUACUAUUCAGCUAAUUUUUUUUUUUUUUUUAGAGUAUUACACUGACGGUCGUUUGGUUUUAUUUGUAGUAGCACAAUGACGGAAGUGGAAAGCAAGCAUGUUGAACCAUCAGUGAGUGAUAAAGCAACUGCGGAGCAAAUCGCAGAAGAACAAAAGGCAUUGGGAAAUGACUUUUAUCGAAAGAAGAAUUUCAGUGAAGCUAUCAAGGCUUACACCUCUGCUAUUGAGCUUGGAUCAGGUACCGCCAAGGCUGUCUACUAUUCAAAUAGAGCAGCAACUUACAUGCUCAUGGGAGAAUUCGAAUUGGCAUUAAGUGAUGCAAAGCAGUCCGAUCGUUAUAAUAGUAAUGUUCCUAAAACGCAAGCUCGUAUUCGCCAAGCUUUGGAAGGAUUAUCUGUGCUUAAUGAAGCCGAGGUUUAUCUGAAAAACAAGCAAGGCGGUUUAGCACUUAAUGCCUUAGACCGCUUGCAUCGUCGUCUUGACAGUGCCGCUAAGCCCCCUGCUGUAUGGUCAUACUUAAAAGCCCGCGUUUAUAUAUGUCAAAAUGAUUUAAGCCAGGCUCAAAAGAUUGCUUUAGGCUUUCUUCGUGAAAACCCUAGAAACGUAGAGGCUCUAGUUUUACGUGGUCAAGUUCUUUACUACUCAGGAGAAAAUGCAAAGGCAGUUACUCACUUCCAAGAAGCCUUGAAGUUAGAUCCUGAUUGUGCUUCGGCUAAGAUAUUUUUCAAACGCGUUCGUUCACUAGAAAAUACCAAGGCCCAAGGCAAUGAUGCAUUCAAGCAAGGCAAACUUGAUUUAGCUUACGAAUUGUAUUCUAAAGCCCUUGAUAUUGACGCGGACAAUAAGUUUACAAAUGCCAAAUUAUACAUGAACCGUGCCACGGUACUUUUGAAGCUGAAGAAGCCAGAAGAGGCUCUUAAGGACAGUGAUAAUGCUAUUCAAAUUGAUUCUGGUUACGUUAAGGGUCUUAAGACUCGUGCUAAAGCUCACGAGGCUUUGGAACAGUGGGAGGAUGCUGUACGUGAUAUUCAAAGUGCAAUUGACUUAGAUGCAGGUGAUUCCUCUCUGCGCCAAGAGUUACGCCGCCUGCAAUUGGAAUUGAAAAAGUCACAACGUAAAGACCACUAUAAGAUCUUAGGUGUGUCUAAGGAGGCUACAGAUACUGAAAUCAAGAAAGCUUAUCGGAAAAUGGCGCUCGUCUAUCAUCCUGAUAAGAAUGCUGGUGAUGAGAAGGCUGAAGCCAAAUUUAAAGAAGUUGGUGAAGCUUACGGUAUUUUAUCUGAUCCCGAAAGCAGACGUCGUUAUGACUCUGGUGCUGAUUUAGAAGGUGGUAUGGGCGCCGAAAGUGCUGGUAUGGAUCCUUUUGACAUUCUUCGUGCUUAUCAAGGCGGAGGCGGUUUCCCUGGCGGUGGUUUCCACGGUGGUGGAGGUUUCGGCGGUGGAGGCUUCCCUGGCGGCGGCUUCUAUUCUCAAGGAUUUAGCUCUGGAGGCUACCCUGGAUUUAGCAGUUUCCAAUUUUAAGAAGGCUAUUAUCUUGAAAUGCGAUAGAAUCUUAUAUGCAUAAUCUGUUUGAUGAUUCCAUCUUUUUCAUCUUUUUUGAAUUUACUUGAUUUUUUUCAACAGAAUGUUUUACCUUGUCUUGUCUUUUGAUGGAUUAUUGAAUCGAGAAUGCAUUGAUGGCGUUUACGAAAAGCUUCCGGUGUUCACUUCCGGUUUUCAUUCAUACAGAGAUACUUUCAGGCAUUUGUUUUUGCUUUCCUUUAUCGUUUCGCAUAUUCUGCGUUUGUAUAAUUUACAUACAGUUUAGAUACUUGUAUAUAUAAUAAAUGGUUAUUGGAAUAAACAUUCAAAUGCUUGCUUUUUUGUAAUAAUGCACUCUCGUUUGUUGAUUAACGUAUCUCAUAAUACUGAUUUCA